CCUGGCAGUGACACAGACACCAUCGGGUGCCAUAUGGGCACUGGGCACUGGAGAGGGGCAGCCGCUUCCCAUGGCCUCUGAAGCAUCUCAGGGCUUGGCAGGGACCUCCCCCUGCCCUGCCGGACCCCUCAGCCCAGUGAUGGCACCCCAGGUCGCUGCACACACCCUCUGAGCCCCCUCUCUCCGGGCAUCCCAAUGGGUGCCAGGGUGGCAUUGGGCACUGCCAGCCCCACAUCGAGGGUGACACAGGACACAGCACAUCCCGGCGCUGCCUCAGUGCAUGGUGAGCAGCUGGCCGCGACACUCAGCCCAGCCGUGUGAAGGGCUCCUGACACAAUGGCUCCAGGCAGGCGAGUGUGAGCCUCCAGCUGCCGGCAGCACUGGUGAGGGCAGGAAGAUGCCAACACUCCUGCGGCACUGCCUGGCCUGCGGUGUGCUGAGUGAUGGAUUCCUUCUGCUUCAUCUGCUUCCAGAAAGAGGAGCUGCAGCCCCUGCACCUGCACAGCGCAGCCAUGAGUGCAGGUUCGAUUGAGCAGGAGCCGUCGCGCAAGCUGGCCUGCUGCGGGGUGCCCCUCAUCACCGAGGACAUGCAGUCCCUGGCCAUCCGCACCCUCUCAGGCACUGACAUCAGCAAGCACUACGACCUCAUCCGUGAGCUUGGCAAGGGCACCUAUGGCAAGGUAGACCUGGUGUCCCACAAAAGCACAGGCACCAAGAUGGCCCUGAAGUUCGUCAAUAAGAGCAAGACGAAGCUGAAGAACUUCCUGCGGGAGUUCAGCAUCACCAACACGCUCUCCUCCAGCCCCUUCAUCAUCAAGGUCUUCGAUGUGGUCUUUGAGACCGAGGACUGCUACGUGUUCGCUCAGGAGUAUGCCCCCGGCGGGGACCUCUUCGACAUCAUCCCGCCACAGGUGGGGCUCCCCGAGGAGCUGGUGAAGCGCUGUGUGCAGCAGCUGGGCCUGGCCCUCGACUACAUGCACAGCAAGAGCCUGGUGCACCGGGACAUCAAGCCGGAGAACGUCCUGCUCUUCGACCGCGACUGCCGCCGCGUCAAACUGGCCGACUUCGGCAUGACCCGCAAGGUGGGCUGCCGGGUCAAGCGCAUCAGCGGCACCAUCCCCUACACGGCGCCUGAGGUGUGCCAGGCCGGGCGGGCGGAGGGCUUCGCUGUGGACACCAGCAUCGACGUCUGGGCUUUCGGGGUGCUCAUCUUCUGCGUCCUCACCGGCAACUUCCCCUGGGAGGCGGCGGUGGCGUCGGACGCCUUCUUCGAGGAGUUUGUGCGGUGGCAGAAGGGGCGGCUGGCGGGGCUGCCCUCGCAGUGGCGGCGCUUCACGGACAGCGCCCUGCGCAUGUUCCAGCGCCUGCUGGCCCUCGACCCUGAGAAGCGCUGCCCUGUCAAGGAGGUCUUCUACUUCCUCAAGUGCGACCUGAUGGCUGAGGUGCGGUGCCGACCCUCCUACCGCUCCCGCAAGCACGCCAGGGACAAGCUCCCGGCCGGGCCACACUGCCAUGAGGCAGCCGGGCCCUGCACCCCUGCCCCACUCAAGAGGACCGUGCUGACCGAGGGGAGCAGCCCCCGCGGCCCCGAGCCGAGCACGGCGUCCCCGGGCACGGCGAGCAGGACAGACGGACGGCAGGACAAGGGCAAAGGGCAGAUGGUCCUGGCCACAGCAAUAGAGAUCUGUGUGUGAUGGCACCAGGGCAGCUAGCGGUGCCCACCCGUCCUGUCCUGUCCCCCUGCCACGGGGAUGGGGAUGGGCGGUGCUGCUCGUGGUGGUGGCAUGAGACGGGACCAGGCCCCAGGUCUCCCAAAGGAAGAAAAGAUACAGAAAGCAAGAGGAAAAGGACAAAGCUGGCUGCGCUCUGCAGCGCUGAGGAUGCUGAUCCCCCACUUCCUGCCUGGCAGCAGCACGGCCAACGGCACCGCUCACUGCCCAUGAGGACGCUGGUGCCCCGGCUCCUGCCAUCCACAAGCCUCCCCCAGGGUGGCCCAGGAGGGGUCUCCCAGUGUGGGGAGGAUGCACUGAGGAGGCUGCACACCUGGGGGUCACUGCCCAGGGUGGGGGGUCCAGGGCAGUUGGUACCCACUGGCUCUCCCCACCCCAUGCUCAAGGGAAGGCCGAUGACACUGCAUAUGGAAGAGGCCUUUGGGGACGCUUUAACCCCUUCCACCAGUCCCUGCCCCAUUUGUGGGGCCUGGGAAGUGAUGGAGGGCUGGUGAUGGGGAGCUGGGGGUCACCAGCUGCCUCCCUGCAGCAGGAGAUGCUGGCAGCCAUUGAUGUAGCAGUGUCCCUGUGUGUUGUUGUGUGUCCCAACCGCCGGCAGCACCGGCCCGCCCUGCCCUGCCGCUGGAAGCCCCAGGCCCCCACAGAGGGACCGGUCCCCUCGCAGCCGGGAGCUGAGCUCCGCGGUGCCAAUGUCCAGCAGGUUGGAUGCUUGGUGUGGGCGGCUCUGCCAUGGUGGUGUCCCUUUGUCUCCUCUGCAGACUUUUUGUACCCAGGGACUGGAAGAGGCGGUGGUGGCUCAUCUCCAGGCUGGUCUGCACAACCUGGGGGCUUCGAGCAGAAUCCUGUGUUGUCCCCAUCGCCCCUCUUUGAUGUCACCCCUUCCCCAAACCCCCAUUACCUUCCCGUGGGGCUGGUGGGGAGGCAGCAGUGGGGUG